AAAAGGUCUCUCAAAGACGAUAUACUAACAGUAGUUCACAGCGGGAAGACCGCAUAAUCUGUGAAGAGAAGAAGACGCGCACCGCUACCAGGGCAAUAGUAUUUUGAACCUGCUUAUCUGACUGUUCAGUCAGACAAGGGCUGCCAGGUGAUUCAACAAACACUUUAACCCAUCGGAGAACUCAUCACAUAGAUUACAAAGAUGCCUGUGGAAACACCAUCAGUCAGAAACACGUCUACAGUUGGUCGCUUCCCAUCAGUCACACUGGGAUGGGAGAAAGAUGAGGAGCCAGAGAAGAACACAGAAGAAGGGGGGUGUCGACAAUGGUUACGUAAGAUCUGUCCUUGUUGCUGUCAAAGACUGAGCAAAGAUGAUGACAUCGCAGAUAAGGUUGUCACAGGGAUCGAUGAUGCAGACGAGCUUGUGGGGAAUGGAGACAAGCCAGUCACUAAUGGAAGUAACCUUGAAGAGCUGUUGUUGAUUGUGCGGUCCAUUGACCUGAUGAAAAAAAAUAAAGGUCAGAACCGCAUGGAGCAUCACACAGACCGUUACUACGGUGAUGGCCUCAUCAUCCGCAGGGGUCAGAUCUUCAUGAUGUGGCUUGACCUCUCGCGACCUUACAAUUCCAACACGGACAGACUCCACCUGGAGCUUAGGACAGGACCCUUGCCUACAGUGGCAAAGGGCACCCAUGUCAUCAUCCCAUUGGUUGAGGAGCUGGAGGAUGACCGUUGGGAGGCCAAGAUUGUGCAACGGGACGGCAAGAGGCUCAAGCUGUCCAUCAACUCCCCGCCCACAGCUGUGAUUGGCCGAUACCAGCUCACCGUGGCAACGCAAAGCCCAAAGGGGGAGGCCACAUCUACACAUGACCCUGGGAAUGACAUCUGCAUGCUGUUUAACCCCUGGUGUAAAGAUGACACAGUGUACAUGGAAGAUGGCGAUGAGAAGAACGAGUAUAUCCUGAAUGAUGUUGGAAGGCUCUACUACGGCACAGAGAACCAGAUUGGUUCAAGAACGUGGAACUAUGGACAGUUUGACAAGGGGAUCCUGGAUGCCUGUCUUUAUGCUUUGGAGAAGAGUGCGACCCCCCCCUCAGGUUGGGGAGACUCUGUCAACGUGGUACGAGUCAUUUCAGCCAUGAUCAACUCCCCAGAUGACUGUGGGAUCCUGGAGGGGAACUGGUCAGGGAACUAUGCGGGCGGGACUUCCCCUACAUCCUGGAGUGGCAGUGUGGACAUCCUGAAUAAGUACCAUAAGGACGGAGGCGCACCGGUCAGAUAUGGCCAGUGCUGGGUCUUCUCUGGGGUCACCACCACAGUCUUGAGGUGUUUGGGCAUUCCCUCCCGUAGUGUGUCCAACUUCAACUCCGCCCACGACACAGAUGUCUCCUUGACAACAGACGUGUAUUUCGAUGAGAAGUUGGAGUCUAUAGAUCACCUCAACUCUGACUCCAUCUGGAACUUCCAUGUGUGGAACGACUGUUGGAUGGCUCGUCCAGACUUGCCACCCGGCUAUGGCGGCUGGCAGGUAGUAGACUCCACCCCCCAGGAGACCAGUCAGGGUACAUACCGCUGUGGCCCCGCCUCCAUCAAUGCCAUCCGUAACGGACAAGUGUUCCUGAAACAUGACUCACCAUUCGUCUUUGCCGAGGUGAACAGUGAUAAGAUCUACUGGCAGAGGAACCUGGAUGGCACCUUCACCCAGAUCCACAGUGAGAAAAACGCAGUGGGCCACUGUAUCAGCACCAAGGCUGUCGGCUCCGAUGAACGCAAUGACAUCACAGACCUUUACAAGCACCCAGAAGGCACAGAGGAGGAACGCAUCGCUGUGGAGACUGCAAGUCGCUAUGGCUCCAAACCAGAUGCCUACUCCUCUCCCAUCGCUCGGGAUGUAUCCAUAGAGGUGACCAUGGAUGGGGAGGGGCCACGCAUGGGGGGAGAUGCAGAACUGACCAUUGUCAUGCGCAACGCUAGUUCUCUACCACGCACCAUCAACCUCCACAGCCAGGUGGCAGUCAUGUACUACACUGGUGUGGUCAAGGCUACUGUCAAGAAGGACCAAAUUCCUGUGGAGCUGCUACCCAAUGAAGUGAAGAACCUGGAGUGGAUCCUUCAGUACCAGAACUACCAGGACCAGCUUGUGGACCAGGCUGCUCUGAUGCUGACCCUGUCGGGCAGGGUCAAUGAGACACAGCAGGUUCUGGCAACUCAGUUCAGCUUCCGCCUCCGCACCCCUGACCUCAUCAUUAAGCCAGUAGGGGAGGCUGUGGUGGGGAAAAAGAUGGCGGCUGAGAUCUCCUUCACCAACCCUCUGCCAUGCACGCUGAAGGGAGUGGUGUUCCGUGUAGAGGGGCUGGGCCUGCAGAGUGUUCGACAGAUCACUGUUGGUGACGUGGCCAGUCGCUCCACUGUGGUUCAGACGGAGGUCUUUGUCCCCACCCUGCCUGGACCCAGGAAACUGUUGGCUUCACUGGACUGCAAACAGCUCACACAGGUCCAUGGUGUUGCUGACAUCAACGUGAAGGAGAAAUAAGUCUUCAGACACCAUAGACCUCUCUUGGUCUGCUUGGCUAUUGAGGCAUAAUCACUAUGGAGGUCAGAAGAAAUCAUCUCCCUUCCACUUCCCCCUACCAGAGCACUGGUGUUGCUGUUGAGUCAAUUAUGAUGUUCGAAAGUACAGGUUGUGAGACAGGAAAACCAUACACCAUGCAAGACAAACAUUUUCUAUAGUCAUGUUGUCACAUAUUUUUCCAUUCCUCCCUCUCAAUAUCAGAUUGGACCUGUAUAAUGUGCCUUGAAGUGGCUAAACGAAUGAUUGCAGCCCUUACAAUAAUACUGUAUACAGAAUGUGUGGCAUGUUCUGUUGACAGAACGUUAUGCAUUAUCUAUGACACCAUCAGAUUUAUCUCAGCUAUUAUUUAUCACUUAAUAGAAGGGCUUUGUGUUUACUUACACUGUGCAAUUAUCUAAUACUUUGGUGUUAUUAUUAACUUCUAAACGUUGUUAUGGAUUUUAAGAGAUCGGUUCUUUCAAACACAUGUCCAUGCUUAUGCGGCAGGGCGCCUAGUGGGUAGAGCGUUGGGCCAGUAACCGCAAGGUUGCAAGAUUGAAUCCCCGAGCUGAAAAGGUACAAAUCUGUUGUUCUGCCCCUGAACAAGGCAGUUAACCCACUGUUUCUAGGCCGUCAUUGAAAAUAAGAAUUUGUACUUAACUGACUUGCCUAGUUAAAUAAAGGUAAAAUUAAAAAAUGUAAAAAUGCACUACAUGUAGUGUGAAUGUCUAAAAGUCUUUCCACUUGAACUGGAUGAACAAAUCAGUAUUAGGAAGUCAAGUUACAUCUGCUCCAUCCCAUGCUUUUUAGAUCCAGGUUUUGUAUUAACAUCAGAUGUGCUGUUAUUUUGCACUUAUCAACUCCAUAUUAAGUACACAAUUAGCUCUGAACUAAAUGAAGCACCCAAGGUAGAGGUUUAUGACAGAAACGCUGAAAUGGCAGCUACACGCGUUUAUUUUUUUCACAAACAGCAUUUAAUCUGUAACUGUUUUAAUAGUGUAUUGUAUUUGUGUGCUAUUUACAUUUUUAUACUAUGUGAGUAAAUUAAUUCCACUUAAA